GUACCGGAUGUGUCCAGCAAUGCUAUUAGAUGGGUAAAGAAUACUGUACAGAGUACUCGGAGUACUGUGUCAGUCGUGUGCAGAGUAGAAGUACCUGUACCUGCAGUCACAAUCACUGCCGUGCCUGUCGCCAGUUACGUUUCAACCUAGCCGUGCCUCCUUAUUUCUUCCUCUUUUUAUAACCUCCGUCUUUUUCUUCUCUUGCACCAUCUUCCCUCCCACUUUCGUCAUUCUUUAGUUUCAUUGUCAUUCUCUGUACUGUACUAUAUAAAUCUAAUCAUGCGCUGGUCAACCAUCGGCGCCACGCUCUUUUUCUCUCUCUCCGCCUUCGCUAAUGACUGGCCUUAUCUCACCGCCGCCACCGCGCCUUUCCGCCCGCCGCGACUUGAAGUCUCCAAAUCUGGCACUACCGACCCCGGCUACCUCUUCAUCGGUCCUCGUGGGAACGAGCAGUCUGGUACUGCUGCCCUAAUUUACGAUGAAGAUGGUAACCUCGUGUAUCAGGGACCUGAGGAGGUCACUGCCAAUUUCAAGGUCCAGCGUCUCUUUAACCAGGAUGUUAUUACCUUCUGGGCCGGAGACAUGAUGAAACUGGGCUACGGUUACGGUACCGUGCACAUUCUCGAUAACACCUAUCGCGAAAUCUACACCGUCAGACUGCAGGACGAUAUUGUUACUCCCGAUGGCCAGCCCCGUGAAUCAUACAUUGACUUGCACGAAAGCCACAUUACGGAGCAGAACACCCUGCUCGUGACCGCGUACAACAUCACCCCGCACGAUUUGACCCCCAUCGGUGGAAAGCCGGAUAUGUUUAUGUUGGACGCCAUGUUCUACGAAAUCGACAUCGCCACCAACGAAAUCGUACACUCCUGGAGUGCUGUGGACCACCUUGACAAGAUCCCGUUGGAGCAGUCCAAGCAGGGUCUCGGCGAGGAUUUCGGCGUGAAAGAGAACCCCUGGGAUACUUACCACAUUAACGCCGUCGAGCGCAUGGACGAAGGAUACAUGAUCUCCCUCCGUCACUACUGGUCCGGUUACUAUGUGCACAACAACGGGAGCAUUAUGUGGCAGCUGAGCGGGGCUCUGGGGGAGGGUGAUUUCAAGCAGGACGAAUCCGCCGGCUUUUCGUGGCAGCACGAUAUUCGCAUCUACAACCACACUGAGCAGGGACUUGUAAUGGACCUGUUCAACAAUGCCAAUACCCCAACGGAACAGCAGGGUGCGACCACUGGUUUGAGUUUGGCUGUUGACCUGGAGAAUCGUAGCGUCAAGGCACUCCGUAUUCUCAGCGAUUCUGACGAUGUCGUCCACAGUGUCAGUCAGGGCAGCUACCAACUCAUGAGCCAGGAGUCGCAGCAUGUGUUUAUGGGGUACGGUUCGAUUUCCAAGGUUAAAGAAUUUGAUGCCGACAACAAUGAGGUCUUUACUGCUCAAUUCGGCGUAGACAACCAGGUUGCGUCGUACCGUGGCUACAAGUGCCCCUGGAAGGCUACUCCGUUCUGGAAGCCUGUGGCGGUGGUGCAAAGGCCGUCGUCCGACGCGGCAGACGUGUUUAUGAGCUGGAACGGAGCCACGGAGUAUGACAACUGGGCCGUAAUGUCGUUGCCAUCUCCGGACUCCACCGACAGUAAGGUGAUUGCGACGCAGCAACGCACUGGAUUUGAAACGGUGGCGCAUUUGACGGGUGUCAAGAGUGGUGGAUACAUACAGGUUGUGGCACGUCGGGGAGAUGUGCCUCUGGGGACGUCAGACGUUGUGGGUGUUUAAAUUUUAUUUUUUUCUUCCCCCGAUAUUGUAUAUAAUGACCAGGAUGUUACACCAUUCUAUAACAGUCUGUAUAGUGAUACUAGUGGAACGUGACGGUUGUACUGCAACGUUUGCAUCUC